AUGGCGUCUCCUCGGAAGCAUGUGCCGUACGAAUUUUCUCUGAAGGAAGCGAAAAGAAAGUGUUCUGAAAAAAACUCUUGCUUUGUAAUGGAAAAAACAACAGAACAUAUUGUACUGCAUCCACGAUACCUCGGUUGUGUAAAGAAAGGAGUUCACGAACAUAUGAAAUGUAAGCUGAUGAGGCAUUCAGACAUUCUGAACGGUGUACCUGUAAAUUAUGAAGGUUUUGAAAUUGAGCAAAGAGCUGGCUCCAUUCUGGAAGAGUCACCCUAUAUUCAUUUCGACGUAAAAGUGAAUGUCAUCUUGUUUAAGCCAACGAUUGGAAGUACGCUUGUGGGGACCGUAAACAAACUUGGCAUUGAUCACGUUGGAUGUUUAGUUCACAAUUGUUUUAACGCUUCGAUUGCGAAAUCGAACUUUACAAAUGGACUACUUUUUGAUAGCCUAGACAUUGGAUCUGAAUUUACAUUUAAAGUUAUUGGAACAGAAGCCGUGAAUGGUGUUUUAGCAAUAAUAGGCGAAGUUAAGGAACCAAAAGACAACAAAAGGAAAAGGAAACAUAAAGAUAUAGAAACAGUUGAAAAACAGUCUAAUGAUGAAGGUGAUCAGCCCAGAGAAGUGACUAAACUAUACCCUAAGAGACUGAAUCAGAAUGGUUUAAACAUACCUGAUGGAAACAUAAAAGUCAAGAAAAGGGAGAAAGUAGACAAACAUUCAAGAGAAAAGGAUAGGAUGGAAAUUUAUUAAAUAUAAAUCUGUAAUUUAUUUUUAGAAAUAAACAUAUGCAGUAUCCCAUCCCUAUCUUCAUUUUGUAUGUUGAGUUGCAGAAGAGGCUGGUCCACUAGGGGUCACCCACUUUGAUCCCACAAAACAAAAAAAGAAAACAGUGCUUGUAGCUGGUUUAUAUACAUGUACUUGAUAACUCAAGGCUACUUAUCUAAGUGACAUGCAUAAAGAAAACUAAAAUGAGCUAGUUGGAUUUAUUUGACAAUUGUUUAGUGUAAUGAUGGUGACCAAGCUUGAUUGGUCAAGAUACACUCAAAUCUGUAUUCAAUGAUACCAAGUAAGCAGUUACCUGUAUUAAGAGGUCAGUUGUCAAAGUCCUUAAAUUUUCCCAUCAAGCACUCUAAUUUCCACAUCAUUUAAGCAGUCAUGGUUACCUUCAACUGAGUCCCAACAGCCCAUUUGUAUUGCCUUCUCCAGUAUGAAAAUUUUCUCCAGGUUUAUUUCCCAGAAUUAAUGUUAGAACUCUGAGUUACAAUGUCCUGGAGGCAGAUUAUCUGUCUUUUUAGGACUGUUGAGACAAGACAGUAUUACUCGAACAUCACACAAGUCCUUUGCUAGUUAAUGACCCAGAGGUGCAACUGUUUGGUUAUAGUAAACCAUGUACAGUGUAUUAGUGCCACUGCCUAUUAGAGAUUUAAUUAGUGUCGGGCUGAAGUCAUCUUACAAUCUUAGACCUAAUGGCACCUUGUUACUGUAGCUGCCUAAGAGAAAAUGUUUUCAAUGCUUGGUGCUAAAUUCUUUUACACUGCUGCAUCAUGUUUGACGAUUAGUUUGCCAGCUGAAUUGCAUACCAUCCCAUUAUUGACAAUUUUUAAACACAAUCUCUAAGACCUACCUUUUUGGUCAGGUUUUUCUUAAACCGUGUUACACCAGAAAUUUUAUUUUAUUUUUAAGUUUUUUACAAAUAUUAUCAAAACUGAUUUGAGUCUCACAUUUUACAUGGCAAUACUCAGAUUGUUGUAGAAUAGUUUUAUAGGUAAAUCCUUUUUAAGGGCUACUGAUCAUUUCUUUGAAAAUAGCGCUAUAAAAGUACUUGAAUUAC